AUGCAGUCACUGUGUGCUGACGAUUUGUUAACGAUAAUCCCACCAGCAUCAGCAUCACAGAACAGUAAUAUUAUAAUAAAUGCAAUAUUAAUAUCUGGUAAAAGCAAUACUGGUGACGAGGACUAUAGUAAAUACAAUGAUGUUGGCAGUGACUGUAUGAUAGGGCUGAUUACGAUAACGGUAACGAUGAUAUUGUCGCAAGACAUAACACUAACGAUGGCGGGGAAAAAGAUACGAUAG